AUGUUUGAAAAUUCACAAACAACAGUUUUCCAAGUUAUUCUAAUGAUUCAUACUUAUUGCGUGCGAUUCAAUGUAUCUGAUGAAGGAAGGCAUGCUUUAUUUAAUAUGGCCAAAAUUUGGGCAGACCCAAAAGUUGAAAAUAUUAAUUAUACGAAAUAUAAACUAAGUAAACGUUUAGACCCUACGGAAAAUAUUUAUCAAUACAUUUUUUAUUGUUCUAAAUGCAAUUGCCUACUAGGAAAAUUUGUAAAAAAAGAUUUGAUAUUAAAUACUCAAAGUAUUUGCGACAAAUGCCAACAAAAUUAUAAAAUAACUACUAAUGCAAUGAAUUAUUUUUUGAGUAUAGAUGUUAAAUUUCAAAUGAAGACUUUAUUAGAAAAUGUAACUAUACGUAAAAUGUUAAUGGAAAAUAUAACUAUUAUUAAGAAUAGAUUAAAAAAGAAAAGAAUAAACACUAUAAAUGAUGUAUAUGAUGGAGAAUUGUACAAAAAUUUAUAUAACAAUCAACAGGAAAACACUAUCUUAUUAACUUUUAAUUUCAAUUCUGACGGCGCACCGAUUUCUAAAAGUAGUAAAAGUGGUAUAUGGCCUAUUCAGAUAAUAAUUAAUGAGUUACCACCUCGAGUGCGGUUUAGAUAUAUUUUGCUUGCAGCAAUGUGGAUGACGAGAUCUGAACCAAGUCCACAAUUUAUGAAUUUGUACAUGAAGAUAUUUAUUGAUCAAUUAAGAAAUCUGAUGGAAAAUGGAAUUACAAUAAAAUUAUCUAACAAUAAAGAAAUUAUCUUCAUACUAAAACCUUUGUGCGCAGCAGUAGAUUCAGUAGCACGACCUGUUAUGCAAAAUCGUUUGCAAUUCAAUGGUCAUUAUGGAUGUAGUUGGUGCUAUCAUUUUGGAAAAUACGAAGAUGGUGCUAUGCGAUAUCCUUUUGAAGAUGAAGAUUCUCUUUUACGAAAUUGAAUAACCAGGCAUAA